AUGGGUUUAGUAUUUGGAAAAAUUGGAGUAGAAAUACCAAAGUAUGAAGUUAUCAAAACCACACAAAACUAUGUUAUCAGAAACUAUGCACCUUCUGUGGUAGCUGAAAUAACCUACGAUCCAUCCGAGUUCAAAGGAGACAAAGAUGGUGGCUUUAAGGUUUUAGUUGAUUACAUAGGAAUAUUCGGUAAACCCAAAAACACCAAAACCGAACAAAUUUCCAUGACUUCACCGGUUAUCACAAAAGAAAACACAAGUGUUUCAUCAGAAAAGAUAGCUAUGACAGUACCAGUGGUGACAAAUGAGAAGAACAAGAUGGUGACUAUGCAGUUUACUCUACCAGCUAGUUAUGGAAAAGUAGAGGAUGCACCUAAGCCUAUUGAUGAGAGGGUUGUGAUAAGAGAAGAAGGUGAGAAGAAAUAUGGAGUGGUGACGUUUGGAGGAGUUGCAAGUGAUGAAGUGGUGAAGGAGAAGGUGGAGAAAUUGAAACUGAGUUUGGAGAAAGAUGGUUUUAAGGUUGUUGGUGAUUUUGUGUUGGGUAGGUAUAAUCCACCAAUGUGGACAAUUCCAAUGUUUAGAACUAAUGAGGUUAAGAUUCCUGUUGAAUGA